AGUAUUAAUGUUUUGAAUAUUUUCAUCGAUGAUUAUCAAUUGUAGCAAUCAUCCAUCUUCGGUGCUUCAAUAGUUGGUCGGAAACAGCCCCAAUACUAAUGGGAUUCAUGUGCAAUAUUCAUCAAGGGUCACAAUCGUGUAUUCCAAGAUCAGUAUUGGAGAUUGUAGCCAAACAAUAGUGGGUAAUCGAGGACCGGAAUAUCAGUUGUUUUAUGUUCUCUUAAGGGAACAAAACAGCAAACGGAAAACAUGUCCUUCCUCCAACCAUACUUUUAACACAAACAUCUUGCUUCUCUUCUCCUUCACUUCACUUAUUGUCAUUUGGAAGAUUCUUGCUGGUUGUUGGUAAAAUUUGGGAAUUCAUAUCUGUCCAAACUUCAUGAACCGUAAGAACUUAAGUUUUGCCUUGGUUAUGUUUGUUAAUAUGCCUCAAUGAAAACACAGUCAAAAUCUCUUCUUUUAUGCAACGGUGCGGCUGUGGACAUGGCUGUCCUCCAGCCCUCUGCUGGGAGGCAAUCAUCGCCUUGCCAGGUGUUCCAGCGUAAGUCCUUCUCCGCAUUAUUCUCUCCCUAUUCCUCACACCCAACCCUCUCUAUGAAAGCUUCGUCCUCCACACACAAGGGGGAGCCGGCUAUUCUCUUUUCAUAAGACGAUCUUGAUAGGCUUUCUACUCCCUACAAGUACGCUCUGGUGGGCAAGUUUUCCAGAGGCAAACCAAAAAUGGACGAGGUGCGUAAGUUCUUCCUUACGUUGAAUUUGAGGGAGGCUGUUUCCGUGGGUUUACUGGAUUCAAAACAUGUCUUCAUCAAGCCGGCCAAUAAGGUCGACUUCCAUAGACUGUGGGCUCGUAGCAUCUGGUAUGUCCAUGGUUUUCCGAUCAGGGUUUUCAAGUGGUCGACAGCUUUCCAUGUUGACAAAGAACCGUCGGUUGCUCCAGUAUGGUUCCAACUCCCUAAACUGCCGGUUCACUACUUCCAUAAAGAGGUUCUGUUCCAGAUUGUCUCCUCGGGGGAUUCCAUUGUUUGUGGAUGCGGCAACUUCGAAUGCGACAUGCCCAAGCUGUGCUUUUGUAUGUGUCAAAGUUGACCUCCUAAAGCCUCGGCCAUCUAGAAUCUGGAUUGGUAAUGGCGCGCAGGAUGGGUUCUAGCAGAGUUUCAUCCCGGAGAAUCUCCCACAAUAUUGCUCCCAUUGCUUUCGGCAGGGGCAUGGAGUGGAGGGCUGUCAUAUGUUUCGACCAGAGCUCCGAGCAGGCAAAAUGGAGGGUGAGAAGUCAAUGAAAUCACAAGCUGUGCAACAAAGGAUAGCAAAACAGGUGGCUGUUCAAGCAAGCCCAAUACCACCUGUCCGCACCACUGGAGUGGGAGUGGCAUUGCUGGAAUCGAAUGAGCAUGAAAUGGGUGCCACCGUGCACACUACUUCUUUGUGUAGGAGGGGUGGAGUAGUGGCAGAGGCUUCAGAUUGUGACGAAAGAGGGAGCCCAGCACAGGAGAAAGAAGACAGGACAGGAGAGGUGCGGCGCUCGAAGGUGGUUCUGGUGGAGGACGUGAUGAUAGAUUCAGCAAUGGCAGACUCUGUUGCUGUUGCUGGGGGAUUGUCGUUGCUGGGUAAUAACGUGCAGGUGAUGGGUGCUGCCCACGGCACUUUUCAACCUAUUUUGUAUGCAAAGGGGGAGGAUAUUGCUGGGCAGCUGGAUGCUGGGGUAAAUGGUGAAGCUGAUGAGAGUCAUGAGAAGGAGCAGGUUGUGAUCCUAGUGGUAGCGGGAAACCUCUCAUCAAGGUCCAUCGCAAGUUCUGAGAUAGGUGGGGUGGAGUGUGAUGACCUUUGCGCAGAGGAGCUGGGUGCAGCGGUGAGGGAGGAGGAGGUGGUUGCAGCAGAACUAAGUGCUAGAAAUUUUUCUCCACGGGAUGAAGUUGGAGCUAUGCCACGGGACAUUGGAUCUCUGGUGGUGGAUAUCUUUAACUUGGAUCCUAUCAUACAACAAGUCUAGGAGAAGGUGCACGGAGAUGAGGGUGGUAAGAUGAUUUCCAAGCGUAGAGGGUAUCUCGCGUGCCCCAAAUUUUCGUAGAUUAAAAAGUUUAAUUGCUGAUUCGUCAGUUCAAUUAGUUGCUAUAUGUGAACCUAAGUUGUCUGUGGGAGAGAUUCACUGGAUACGACUAAAGUUGAGGAUGGAUAAAUGCAUUGCCAAUAGUGAGGGUUCUAUAUGGGUGUUCUAUCAAAACUCCCUUGUAUGUGCCCUCCUGGGUGAGUCGGGUCAACAUUUAUCGCUUAAAAUACAAUCGCAAAUGGUAUCUGGCCCCAUGGUCUUUUCGUUAGUGUAUGCAAAGUGUAAUGAGCAAGAGAGAAGAUCGCUUUGGUCUGCUCUAUUGCUCGAUAACCCGGGCAAUACACCAUGGUUUCUGGUUGGGGAUUUUAAUGUCAUUGUCUGUGAGGAGGAAAAGCGACGUGGUUUACCUUUUCGCCUGGGGGAGGGUUUGGAUUUUAUCUGUUUCAUGGCUUCGGAUAGAAUCCAGGAUGCUAGGUUUUCGGGGGCAAAGUUCACAUGGUGUAAUAAUAGAGGGGGAAGCGCGCAUAUCUAGAAGAGGUUAGACAGGAUGUUGUACAAUCAGCAUGCGUUGGGUUUAGAGUAUAAUUUUGCAGUGCAACAUUUGGGGUGAGAUCCCUCGGAUCACGCUCCCUUACUAUUGUUGGCACUGUCUAUACUUAAUAAUAAGCCGAGAUCCUUUCGAUUCCUGAAUGUGUGGACGUCUAAAUUGGAGUUAUUGGAUGUUAUUCGACGAUGUUAGGGUGGAUCAUUUUUGGGCCCUCCCUUGCAGAGACUGACUGCUAAAUUGUGGGAAGUAAAACGGUAAGUGCAACUGUGGUCUAGGGACGUGUUUGGAGAUAUUUUUACGCGGGUGAGGAAGGCAGAGGGGGAGUUGCUAAGGCUGGAGGGUUUCUUUGAUAAUGAUCCUUCGGAGUCGAAUUUAAUUGCACUUCAAGAAGCGCGGGCGGUUCUGAGGAAUUCUCUAAUGGUAGAGGAAGGAUAUUGGAGGCAAAAAGCGAGGAUUAAUUGGAUUCAGGAGAGGGAUAAAAAUUUAAAAUAUUUUCAGUCUGUCGUUGCGGAACGUAGGGCGAAGGCGGUCAUUCAUCAGAUCAAAGGUGCAACUGGGGAUUGGAUGGUAGAUGAUGAUCGGAUUGCAGCGAAGGCGGUUGAAUAUUUUAAAACUUUAUUCUCGGCGGAGACUUCGUCAGGUUCCUGGGAUACACUGAACGUGCUCACUCACAUGGUUUCUCACACACAGAAUGCAGAGUUAGUGAAGGUUCUGGAGAUGGAGGAGGUAAGAGAAGUGGUGUUUGGGAUGGAUGGGGAGAGUGCAGUGGGACCAGAUGGCUUCACUGGGAUGUUUUUUACCUUUGCAUGAGAGGUGGUGACGGGGGACAUAUGUGAGACAGUGGUGAGCUUCUUUUGUGGGCAGGAAUUGCCCAGGAGUAUCACAGCAACAUGGGUAGCUCUUAUUUCCAAGGUUAGUUCCCCUCAAGAUUUUAGUUAAUUCAGACCGAUUAGCCUAUGCAAUUUUCUCAAUAAAGUGAUCUCUAAAAUUUUAGCGAUUAGAUUAGCCAAGAUGUUGUCUGGCAUCAUAUCACCCCAGCAAAGCAGUUCUGUGAAGGGUAGGCAGAUUUUUGAUAAUGUUCUGUUAGUUCAGGAGUGUAUAGCUGAUAUUAGGAAGGCUGGUAGAGGGGGUAAUGUUGUCUUAAAACUCGACAUGGCUAAGGCCUAUGAUAGGGUUUCAUGGCUAUUCUUGAUUCAGGUGCUGAGAUGGUUUGGAUUUUGUGAAGCUUGGAUUGAUAUGGUUUGGAGACUGAUCUUGAAUGUGUGGUUCUCAGUUAUUGUCAAUGGGUCGCCCCGAGGUUUAUUUAAGUCUAGUUGUGGGAUUCGUCAAGGGGAUCCGAUUUCACCAGGCCUUUUUGUUUUGUGUGCUGAGAUGCUUUACCAUCAUCUGAAUUCCUUGAGUGGGCGGCAGGGGUUUGUGCCUUUUCGAGUCCCGUAGGGUUGCCCGAUUGACACGCACCUAGUUUAUGCAGAUGAUAUCAUUAUCUUCUCGAGUGCCAUGAAAAGAUCGCUUCAACUACUUAUCAAGGUGUUGGAGGACUAUACGUUGAUAUUGGGACAGAAGGUGAACCAUCAUAAAAGUGGUUUCCUAACCUAUGCUACAUUGUCGGAUUUGAGGAAGCGAUUUGUGGCACAGGUCACGGGGUUUCGUUCCCAGGCCUUCCCGAUGACGUAUUUAGGGUGUCCACUAUACUCGGGUAGAUGAAAAAAGAGCUAUUUUGCUGCGAUUUGUACUUCAUUGGCAAGUAGGGUCUUAUCAUGGAAGGAGCGACUGUUGUCGGUAGAUGGGAAGUUGGUGAUGAUACGAAGUGUGUUGGCACCCAUGCCGAUCUACAUUUUUCCUGUCUCCAAUCAUCCGAGAGGGAUAUUUGACAAAUUGGAGCAAAUUUUAGCCAAUUUUUUAUGGUCUUCUGAUUUUGGUCCACGGUUUCAUUGGAUUAAAUGGAUUCAAUUAUGUAAGCCUAUUGAGGAGGGAGGUGUGGGUGUUCGGUCUUUGCAGAAUGUAUUUGAUGCCUUUUCGUUGAAAUUAUGGUCAAAUUUUAGGCAGCGACGAUCAUUAUGGGCUGACUUCAUGCACUUGAAGUAUUGCCCAGAUAUGCAUCCGUGUUAUUCAAAUUUCUCCUCAGGGCAGUCACACACUUGGAAGAGGAUGAUGAAUGCUCAAGUGAUAGCAGAGAAGCAUAUAUGAUGGUCACUGGGUAGCGGAUCUACUAGCUUUUGGCAUGACAAUUGGAUGGAGACGGGCCACUAUGUAGGCAGGUGGAAUCCUUUCAGAAGUGCUCGGUUGCAGACUUUGUCAUAGAAGGUAGGUGGGAUCUGCAGUGCUUAAAUAGGGUGCUACCGGCGGGUUGGGUAUAGUAGGUGAUGGGAGUGGCUCCCCCUACCAUGGCACAAGCGGAUGACAUGAUUUGGGCCCCCACCAAUUCAGGUGUGUUUACUAUCUUGUCGGCAUAUCAGAUAGUGCGCAAAGGAGGUACUGUUUCCCGCCUAUUUGCUUCUUUGUGGCAUCGGGUUUUGCCCUCAAAAAUUUCCUUCUUUAUGUUAAGGUUACUGUAUGGUAGAUUGCCAUUGAUGGAUGUGUUACACAGGUUUGGGAUUCUGGACCCCUCUAGGUGCUUUUGUUGUAGUUUGAACCGUCCCCAGAAACUAUUAACCACGUCUUCUGUAUGGGGGAGGUGGCUAAGCAGGUUUGGGGUUGCUUUGAGGGUCUUAUUGGUGGGUUUAGUGCGGCUUUCACGGUUAGACAUAAGGUGAUGAGUUGGUGGGUUAAACCUACUCUUAAUAAUUACCUUGAUUUUAUUCUCCGCACGUUGCCAUCCUUAAUCUGCUGGAAUUUAUGGAAGAUGCGAAAUUUGUGGAUAUUCGAUGGUAAGCUAGACUCGGUAAUGUAUGUUUGUGAUCGGAUUUUCUUGGAGCCGAGGGAAUGGUUCUAUCUUCGGUUUCAGGAGAUAUCACUGCUUGAUAACUCACGGAUUGUUUUUUUUUUGAUAUAAUAGCUAGGUUGCGGAGCAAGAUUAUCAUAUGGGAGGUUUGUUUGAAAGGUCCGCAUCAGUCGGUGGUGAAAUUGAAUGCUAUGGUUUUUCAAGGGUAAUCCGGGGAGGAGUGGCGGUAGGGGAUUGUUCAGGGAUUAUGAUGGGAGGUUCCUACUUGGCUUCUCAUGUUGGUUUGGGGAGGCUACUAGCCUUCAGGCGGAGAUGAAGGCUCACCUUUUUGGUGUGUAGUUAGGUGUGUCCCGGGGAUUUGUUAGGUUGCACUUGGAAUCUGAUUCACUGGUGUUGGUCCGUAUUACUCAAGGGAAGGUUCAGUGCCCGUGGCAGUUGCAGAGGGAGUUAUUGGUUUUACAGCAAUAUAGACGGUAUUUUGACACCGUGUCUCAUUGCUUCCGAGAGGUAAACAAGUCGGCGGACAGAUUGUCUAAUGUUGGCGUGGAGACUAGGUGUACUGCAAUUUAUGAGACCUAUAAUGCGUUGCCUCGAUUGAUGAGGGGAGAUAUUUCUUUAGAUACGUCUGGGUUUCCACAUUUUUUUAGAUGCCAGCGGUAGGGGUUAUUUAGAGAUGGGGCAGGAUGUGUGAUACAAAGUUAUUUCUUAUAAAAAAAAUUAUAUAAAAUACAUUAAAUGCUUCCAUUACAAAAAAAAACUAAUAUAGUAUUUAUAUUGUCAAUAAACUAUAGUAUUAGUACUGUCAACUAUUAAAAGAACUAUGAAAAAAUAGUACUGUUUAUAAGUACAAUCUAUUAUGGUAAAAAUAUUGCUAAUGUGCUUGUAUUAGCACUGUAAAAUACUAAAAGAAGU